CAGCGAUUGCUGCAGCGGCGACAGCGGUUUGUCCGGGAUUGCGGUGUUUCUCCCCAUCUCGCUUUAGUCCUGUCCCUUCAGGCCUGCAGGGAAUUGCCCGCUGUCUGAGCAUGCAGACAAUAAAAACUGCUGGGGGAGGGUGUGAUGGGCAAGGAAAGAGACCCUGAAAGACACCUGGGUAAGCUGUCCCACAAAAUGUUUGUGGCUGCGGAUUCUGGUUUGCUCAGGGAAAAGGCAAGUGCAGAGUGUGUCUGAGGAGCUCAGGAAGUGGAAUUUCAUCCCUUAUGAGUCAAAUCUUCCUCGUCCCUACAAAAGUUGCAGGACCCACAAAGUCAGACUUAACCUUUUUGCCAUAUACUUUUGCCAUCAGUUCUAUAGCCAGGUAUGGGGUCAGGUGGGACUCCGUUCCACAUUGUGAAGCAGAAGCUUUGAAUGAGUUAAUCAUCAGAGUUGCUUUGGAUGGAAAUGGAAAUGACUAAGCACACCACAUUCCUGAAGCAUUACUUGUUUUGAUAUAAAAUCUGCUUGUCUGGUUCUGCCUAUGUCUUUCAGCCAUCUGAAUGACACAUUUUUGUUCAGAAAAAGUUCAGGUCUUUUGUGGAGCUGAACAGAAUGAGAGUAGCUGAAAGCUCUGGGAGUCCUUCCUGCUGCACUGGCUGUCCCCUCAUCCUUUUAGGACAGCUUCCCUAGCCUUCCCAAGACCAGAAGCUGUCUUGUAUUGGGCUACCAACAGAGGAGGCUUAAUGGCAAGGAGUUCUGUCAUUUCUUAGGUGUCUUAGAACCACGUGGCUCGUAAAAGGAGCAAAAGAUUGCUUCAGAACUGCAUGGGCUUGCCAGAUUGUUGAUUUGCUUGUUCUCAUGCCUGUUGUACAGCAGGAUAAGGUAAGGUGGUGUGCUGGUGUCUUUGUUUAGCUAUUUAGCUGCCAGCAUGAUUUGUUGAGGGGCGUUGUAGGGACCCACAGUGGGUGGGCUUGAUCUCAGCUUUAUUCUUAAACAGUACUGGCAACAAUUCUGUCCUUUUUUUUUUUUUUCAAGAAACUAAGCUGCCUUGAAACUGUAUAGAAAGCGCUUAGUAUGCUCUCUGCUUUCAGAACUGGGAGAGGACUAAGGGCUACCUGUCGUAUGUUGUGAAUGUGCCUUGUUUGUCUGCUUUGAGUAAACUUGUUUUGUCCCUCUUAGUUCCAUGCUGUCUCUCUUAUGGCGAGAGAUGCGUGCUGUUUCUGCCGUACUUGCUUGUGGCUGUUGCUUCCAGUGAAUUAAUUCGGUAUUUUUGGCUACUCUAUGCAGCUGUAAGUACUAAUGCUAUAGGGAUGAUAGAUUUGGCUUUUGUGGAAGUACUGGAAAGCAUAUUGGUGCUGCUGAAGGCGUUUGGAAGGAGGCAUGGAGACAGAAGCAGUCACUGAAAGUCAGGUUAAUCUGUGAAAAGAAUGUGGGGUGGUCCCUGAUGUACAAGUGCUGGCUGCCUGGCUCAGGUGAGCUCUGCCUGGUGUGUGUCUCUCUAAGCUACGCACUGGCCUGUCUCAGGCUGUGUCUGGUGCUAUCAGGCAUGGGUCAGACCACUCCAGACUCCUCUUUCCUCACUAAAUAUCAGCUUUUACUGCUGGCCCUGGUUCAUGUAAUGAGUUUAGAUUGAAUGCCUGUAUGCUGAUAGCAGCUGGCUGCCUGGCAAGCCUGUGCAGGUGAAGAGCUGCAUUCUUCUCCUUGGAGGAUGGGUUAUUUUGGAAGGCAGUUCAACACUAUGGCUGGUGGAGCAGCACUUAGCAGGAGAGAGUGAGGUGCUUUGAACUUGUGUUCUGUUGCCUUCAUUUAAGAUGAACAAGGAAUCACGUGUUUCUACCUGUGUGUGAUAAUGCAAAGGUCAGUGACAUACCUUAGGUAGACCUUUGCUGCUGCACUCAGAACAACGUGGCUCUGUUCCCAAAUCUUCUAGUCUGGCUUUUCCCAUUGGAUACCGUGCAUGCUGGCUAGCCUGUGCUUUUAGGUCCUUGGGAGCAGCCCAGAGCACUGUUUUUCUCGUAGUUCCAAUGGUGCAGGGAAGAGGAAAGUUGCUUUGCUGUCUGCUAAUCAGGGCUGUGCAGACAGGGAUUGAGGAAGGAUGGAUCUGCUCUGGCUCAGGAUGUUUUAGAAACAAUGCCCUAUUUAUAGGAGAGGGCAAAGGCCUGGGGCUGCCUGUGAGCAGCAGAGGAGCAGCCUGGCCUAGGGUCUCACCGUGGGGUGUGGUAGCACAGCAGUACCCCGGCCAAAGGAAUCAGGAAUGAUGGGACUGUAGGUGUGGUUUCCGUUUUAUUAACAGUUGUGUGUAAUUCCUAGGCUUGUUCUGUUCUUUUCCUGCUCCCGUGUGAUGGGAUCGACAGCCCCCGUUAGUUUGCUGGUCCCCUGCCUGCUCUUUGCUGCUGGUGAGGAGGGAGUGUGUGCUGUGCUUUGCUGUGCUGUGCUGCAGUUGGCAGUGCUGUGUGCACAGGAGCAGCUUGCCUGCACUGCUUUGGAGACAGGGUAUGGUGAUGGUCAGGAGGGGUGCCUGUAUGAGCUCAUUGAGGGUAUGGCAGAGUGCUGAUAGGGGGCAGAGGGCUGAUGGUGCAGCAUAUAUAUUCAGCUCAGUUGCUUACUCGUGUAGUCUAAAUUUGGCCCAUUCAUUAAUCAUAGAACCACAGAAUGGUUGAGUUGGAAGGGAUCCCAGAGCCCCCCAAGCCCCACUCCAUCACGGGCCAGUUCCCUUCCACCAGCUCGUGCUGCUCAGGGCCUCAUCCAGCCUGACCUUGAGCUCCUCCAGGUAUGGGGCACCUCCAGCUUCUCCGGCCAGCCCGUGGCAGGGUCUCACCGCCCUCUGAGUUAAGAAUUUCCUCCUCACAUCUAACCUCAAUCUCCCCUCUUCUAGUUUAAAACUCUCUCAGUGAUAAUUGGGAGGAUUAUUCGCAACUGUCUGGGACAAUAUGAUAAAAAAUGCUUGUCUUCAGGAACCUAUGUUGUUCUCUCUGAAGACAGGCAGCAGUGACCUUUUUGCCACAGCAAGCAACACUGCUUUGGUACAAAGUGUGGAAGGCCAGCUGGAGCUGUGUGACAGAUUUGUUGGUGCUGGAUCUCUGCAGCAAACCCACUUCUCCCUGGUGGUUGCACUAGGAGGCAGUUCUUGCAGGACUCAGGGGCUCUUGGAUGCCCCUGGAUGCUUUGGAGUCUCAUGCCAGCUUGAUGCAUGCAAGACACAGGUGAAACUGGGCAGAACUGGAGAUGGGGUGUUUGUAAGCACGUUGGCACUUGCCAUGCACCCAACAGAGACAGGUGACAGUAGCUUCUCCCGCUCUGCUGUGCAGACCCUCUCUCGGAGCCACUGCCGCAACAUCAAACAGAAGAUCUCCCAGUGGGAAGGGAGAACACAAGGGUGCUCCAGCAAGGAGAAACAGCAGUUGAAUGAUUUUGGAGUAAAAUAUGAUCCAGGCUGCGAUGUUCUGUCCAAAGUGAAGCCUGAAGAUACAGAGAAGGGCAGAAAGGCUGGGUCUAAAGAUCCAAAGAACUUGGGUUUGGACUUCAGGGAAAAUGCAAGGAGUUGCUUGCAAACUGCUGACUGUGGUGACCUCAAGUCCUGUGCGUGCAGCCAUGCUCCCCAGGCCAAGGAGAAUGGGAAAUGGCAAGCAGGUUUCCCAGACCCAGGGGAGGCAUUGCCCCCAGGCAACUUCUACACUUUGCAAGGGCUUUGGAGGAAAGUAGACCCUAGCACAGCCCUGCCAGUUCCUGUGGACCUUCAGAAGAAGUGGGGGAAUUGUGGCUUCACAGAAAGAGAACGGAAAGCCGAAGGAGUGGAAUUGUUCUGUGGGGCAGAGAGGAAUGUGAAAAACUCUUACUUGGAGGCUGUGGAGCAAGAGAAGAAGUUGGCUGCAGUCCCGCCACCCAAGCCCCGUAGGACUUUCCGCUAUCUUGCAGAAAACUGUGCCAGCAGCUGCAGCGAUGCCAGUGCUACCAAGGAAGCUCCCCUGGAAAAGAAACGUGGAGGAGAUCUGGUUUCGUUUUCUAACAAUCUGGAGAAGAGAACAGUCAGCAGAAGGAUCCGAGGAAGAAUCCAGAGGAAAUCCUUUGAGUUUGAGGACAUUCAGGGCUUCCGCAACUGGGUGUCUGCCACCAGGUCCCGUAAACUUCAAGAAGAAGCAGAUGGCACUGCAGGAGCCAGGCUCAUCUACACACAGUCAGAAGACAACAUCUAUGAGGACAUUAUCUGUCCUGAAAAAGAGAACCCCUAUGAAGAUAUCAGAGUGCUGCCUUUACCCCUAUGGAAGGUCCCAUCUGUUUGGAAAUUACCACCUUCCCAAAGCACCAAUAGAGCUCCAAAGCUUCCUCCAAAACCUUCCUUCCUCAGUCGCAAGACUUUUGAGUUAAAGCCUUCCCUGACAAGUUUGCAAGGGAAAAUUGUGAAGGACACGACCUUGCCUGUCACAUUGACCGACUGGAAGCUGUUCCGAGCAGUAGAGGCUACUAGCAGGAGAAAGAACUUGCCCUGGAUGGUACUAAAAAUACAGGAGAUCUUUGUUUCUAAGCGUGGGAAGAAAAGGGUGAAGUUGCUCAGUCCUGCUGGGAAGGAAAUGCCUCCAACAAAAGGUGAAACCAGUGGAAAUGAAAGUGAUACGGAAAACCAGCCAAAAAGUCGACAUAGGGGCCUGCUACUGGUGCAGUCAGCCUCCAAGAGGAACCCACACUACCAAACGUUGGAGAGAGAUUUAAUAGAGCUCCAGGAGCAGCAGCUGUUUGAGCUGUUUGUGGUAGUGUCACUACAGAAAAGGGCAUCUGAGAUAAAAUACACACCACAAAUCAUACAGCAGUUUCCCAGCAAGCCUGAACAUCGCUUCAGACAGUCAAAGGAUACUGAAGAGAGGCUAAAGGUCAUUCCCAAAUUCUGCUUUCCAGAUCCCAAAGACUGGUUUCCUGCAUCAGACCUUAAAAGUGAAACAUUUUCUUUUGUGUUGACGGGUGAGGAUGGCAGCCGCUGGUUUGGAUACUGCAAGAAGCUCCUGCCAGAAGGGAAAGGGAAGCGCCUUCCUGAGGUGUACUGCAUCGUCAGCCGCCUGGGCUGCUUCAACCUCUUCUCCAAGAUUUUAGAUGAAGUGGAGAAAAGGCGAGAGAUGUCCCCAGCCCUCGUCCACCCAUUUAUGCGUAGCGUAAUGGAGGCGCCUUUCCCUGCUCCCGGACGCACUAUUACUGUGAAGAGCUUCCUGCCAGGAGCAGGAAAUGAGGUUAUGAAACUCUGCCGUCCGUCGGAUUCUCGACUUGAACACGUUGAUUUCGAAUGCCUGUUCAGGUGCCUAAGUGUCUCUCACAUGAUACGGGUCUUUGCCUCUCUCCUGCUGGAAAGGAGAGUGAUCUUUGUUGCUGACAAUUUAAGCACCCUGUCUAAAUGUGGCCAUGCUGCAGUUGCAAUACUUUAUCCCUUCACUUGGCAACACACGUACAUACCAGUGCUACCAACUUCUAUGAUUGAUAUUGUGUGCUCUCCGACUCCAUUCUUAAUUGGCAUUCUCUCCUGCUCAUUACCACAGCUCCAAGACCUGCCUGUAGAAGAGGUUCUGAUUGUUGAUCUUUGUGCUGACAAGUUUUUGCAAGAGGUAUCGGAUGAAGAAGAAAUCCUGCCUCGUAAGCUCCAGGCUGCACUUGUCCAAAUUUUGGAGGAGCGAAAUGAAAUCUUGUCGCACGAGCAGAACUGCACACAAGGUGACAUGCCUUUAAACUCCCUGGUCUCCGAAGCUUUUGUGCACUUCUUUGUGGAGAUUGUUGGUCACUAUUCCCUGCACAUGAACGUUACAGAGAAAGGAGAGCGAGUGUUCCAGCGGGAACCAUUCCGUAAAUCCCACAUGUCACGCAAUGUGCGCCACUUCCUGCACUUUUUCAUGGAGACGCAGAUGUUUGCAGGGUUCAUACAGGAUCGAGAGCUAAGUAAGAGUGCUGUCAAAGGUCUUUUUGAGGUCCGUGCCUUGGAGUAUCUGGAGAGCAUUCCAGAGACUGAGCCGACUGGGAUGAACAGAAUCCUUCGCACUCUUGGAAGUAAGAUGAAAUUUCUCCAGAAGAAAUGAACGUGCGUUGCCGUAGAACGGCAGAGAGCAGUGAGGAGGCGGGUGGAGAACCAACCCCUGCCCGGAGCCGGACUCACAGCUUCUACCACAGCUGAGGCGGCCACGCCGGGCCGCCAUAACAAGCAGCAGUGCCGCAACCAA